AUGGAUCCCAAACUGCUUCGGGGCGUUUUCAAUCAUGUCGUCCUUCCUCCUAAUGUCCCAGGUAGCGCCGACAAGAACCUCUCCGAGAUCAAUUGUGAUCUCCUCGGCCGCCUCCACACCGCAUGUGCGCAACUGAAGGCAAGCUUGGAUGGCCACUACGUCAAAGAGUUGGAUUUACUCCUCUGCUCCUUGGCUCAAUGCCGAAGUCUACAUACCUCUCUGCAUCUUGACGCUGCCCAAUUGCUAGGCGCUUUUCGGUCACUCAAGGACGGCGAAGUCCUCAUCGUUCACAUCGUUGAGCAGAAUGCAGGCUUGCUGAUAGAUUAUGGUUCCGAUUCCUUGAGCGGCCACGUUCGUUUCGAAGCGUUUGAAGUCUCCGCGAAUUCCGAAAGCGUCUUACAGUCUCAGAAUGCCUUGCAAUGGGACUUUCCUGCUUCGGCAGCCUGCAUACCUACUGAGGUCUUCAAGGACUUCGGUUUCCAGAGAUAUCUGGCCGAGUUUUUGGAAAAAGCAAGCCUCAAGUUGGUCAAGAAGUUUGGCGCGUUCACAAACAAAGCAAAGUCGCGGGCAUAUGAGCCUCGCGAUAGUACGAAUCCGGCUCUGAUCACCGGAACGCUAAUCUCCUUGCUCGAGGGCAUUGGAGAUUCUGUUGCUGUCACGCAUCCAACUCGCAAACGCGUAAGAGAUGAAGUCCGCUGGAAGGAUUCCUACAUACCGUGGCGGAGGUCACCAUUCUGGCUGCUUGCACGCGUCGGCAUCCUUCGACAUCUGGAGCAAUUGACGAGUACCGCCAUUUCCAAUGCCCUGUACAAGGCCCUGAUGUGUCUGGUCCAUGCAAAUCUGUUGGAGGACACAGUUGGCGUGCUGAGUCCCGAGAAUUCCCAGCUUCUGCUGUCAAAGUUGUGUCGACGGAUUGCGAAAGUGGAGAAGGACGCGCUACUGGCCACUCCAGGCAGUGAUGCUUCGGCAGCAUAUACCAUCAUCAUCGAAAACCUGCGCCCGUUCCUUUCCCGCUUGACGAAAACGGCUUCUGAUAGACUUGAAGCUACAUGGGAAAGCUACAAAGACCGAACCAAACGUCAAAUCUCCCAAUUCAGAACACGGGUGGCGGGACCAACGAGCACCGUGCUUGCCCUCAAGAACAGUCUACCAUAUGGAAAGAUUCGAAAAAAUGAUGCCUUACAAUCAGCAUACAGAAAUGCGACCUGGGCAAUUGUGGCUAUCCUUGCACUGCCCAACCUGCAGGCGAGUCGAAAGGAUCCCCUUUCAACAGUACAUGAGUACUACCUCGCUUUCGCCCCGGAACUUCAAGCUCCAACCAGGAAAGGCAUCACCUUAGCCUCCGUACAUUUCCCUGUUCCAUUUGAGAAGGUUGCUGUCAACAAUGGUCUGAAGUUUGAAUACUAUGACCAGGUUUCGAAACUCUGGCCUGCGGAACACCUGGCUGACAUCACUUUCCGCCAUCACUGCGCGAUUCCAAUACUGCGAUGUAGCCCCUUUUCCAAGAUUGAAUACCUCUCAAAAAUCGCGUUCGAGAGGACUUCUGUGGACCCGACAGAAACCUUUUGUCCAUUCACACACCCAGUGGAUGUUGCUCGGUACGUUCUACCAGAGGCCAAGAUCUCGUCGAAAGAGAUCCUUGCCGGACUACCCCAAUGCCCUCAAACACUCGGCGCCCAGGAAUCCGUGGCUUUUCAAGGACUACUCUGCGGAAACCACCGACUAUGGCCCUCCAUCCUUGUGGGACUCGGAUCUUCGAACCUCAAUUUCAGCGCAGAGGCUGCUAUGUUGCUGACUCAAGCUCUACAUGGUCGAACCGGCGGCAAUCACGAUGGUGACCUGCACACCGCAAACGCCAUCUUUCGUGACAUGACUUUCUGCCGUAAGCUCUUGAGUCAAGUGGACAGACGCCUCCAAAGUAUCGCUUCUAACUGGCGAGAAAACUACUGCAUGGAGAUAUUGAUCAGCUUGAUACUGAAGUUAAUAAUGCUUGCGGAUGAGGAAACCGCUCAACACGCAUCCAAGCUGCUACUUGCGUCCCGUAAGACCACCAUGGAGUGGAUCAGAGCGAUUCGCAAGGACUUUUGGGCUACGACUGAUGCACAGUCCUCAGAGCGACUGUCUCACUUCAUUCUAUGGGCUGCACUGCUUUGCAGAAGAACCUUUACAAACGUCAACUUCAGGGAUCGACGAGUCCAAGAAGACUUCUCCAAAGUCGAAAUCAAUGGCUACGCCGGCGAGCAUGAGAUGGCAGAAGUGAAACUCUCUAAGUUAUCACUCAGUGCAUUUGUGGAGGCCUCCAUCUCCAUGCAAGAAAACCUCCCUCCUGAUCCGGCCCAGUUAGCUCCGCUCCUUCGCAAUGCCCUAAUCCGAGACUUGAAGAUGGUAUUCCACUUGGAAAAGACUCUGCGACGAUCACUGGACACAAACCCAUCCUGCUUGAUUUCAGCCGCGGUCCAAUCAGAAAUUCUGACUCGAGGGCCUGCCAUGAAAGUCAAACCUCAAAUCAAUUUCGACGAGCGCGCGGACGGUGUGUGGGCUAGGCUUGAUGUACCUGGAAAUGCACGAACAGAUCCCAUGUCCCUUGGAUUCCACCUUUUCUCCGGGACUUUCCUGAUCAACGGUCAGGUCCUGGAGAGGGAGCUUCCACCUAACAUCCGGGACACAGAAGCCAUCAAGAGACUCUUACCCUACCACAGACAUGUUGUCUAUCCGUCGUGUCUUCCCGGUAUGACGUACAAAAUCGGCUUGAACAUUGAGGGCCAUGAGAUUCAUUUGGGUUUCAGACAGGGCAAACUGGUGAUUCGGGCCUUGACCUCGCAGGACGAGCUCGAGUACAUCCCCAGCAGUGUUUUCCAGGGAGACCAGGCGUUUGACUUGCCAGCAUCAUUGACUGAAAAUUGCGUGCACUGGCUUCGCUUGCAAGAUGGUGUCAUCGAGGUGAGGAAAGCGCAGAAGAUUUGGAGACCGCAGCCUUCGAAUUGGCAGAUCAACUUAUCGAAGCAAAUCGCACAACGUCGCACAUCGCUAUUAGUCGAUCCUUCCAGCCCAUUUUUCAGUUUUGUGGCGCGAAUCUUCCAGCAUUUUGAGGAACCCCGCCACAUAACACUCUAUCAACCCCAGAAAGGUGCACUCUCGGUUGAGCUUCGGCGAUUUGAACUCAGCUUCUUUGUCAAUGGGAAGGGCCUCCUCGAAAGUGAGCAAUUGAAAGCAGAGAUCGAUUUGAACCAAGACGCGGGAACUUGGUUCGGUCUGCUGCCCAAGAUUAUCCUCCGUGACUCUUCAACUCCCAAGAAUCGCAGCGAUAUCGUACCCUUGGGACCACUACGAUCCGAGCGGAGGGGGCCCCACGUGGCAGUCACAAUCGACACAACUGAACCAGCUUACGGCAGAUUCUCCCUUGAUGAUGUACUCGGAAGAGUUACUUGCGCACCAGAACCCGGACUCCUUUACACCAAAGCGCUGUUGCAUGCGUCAACAUCAUUCUGUCUAGCGGAUCCUCUCACCGGCCAAACUGGCGUGGAGGAGGCUUGCGACAUCCUGGGAGGAGGCAACGCCCAGCCCUAUACUCCCCUCACAGCCGGAAAUAUACAGUCUGCCGAUAUGCGCCGGGCAAGCUUGUUCAUAUCUUAA